UGUUGUGAAUUUCUAUUGUCAAGCCGAAGAUACAUUUCGCCAUAAAAUAGCGUUGAAAGCCGAUGUGUAAAAGUGUAAUCUUUUGGAAACACGAUAGGUCCUUGAAUGUACCCCCCUCUCAUCCGCGUUUUCCUCGGUUGAUACAAGAUCGAUAGGUGUCGAGUUAUGUCAAAUAAUAUUAGCAGUGAAGAAUUACAUAAAUGUCGGGUCUGUUGUAAAACAUUUAGCCGUCGAACGUAUCUCGUAUUGCACGAAAAGAUUCAUGGUGAAAAAUCCUACAAAUGUGACAUUUGCGGCAAAGCCUUUAGUCAGCCCGCUGGGCUGUGGAUCCACAAGAAGCACCAGAGUUGCUUGAAACGAAACUCUUCUAGCGAACGUCGCGCCGAAACUGAUGAACAAGGUGGGAAGGAAAAAAGUAGUGUUGAAAAAAGGCACGAGUGUGAUAUCUGCAACAAACGCUUCUCGCAAAAACAUUUGUUAAGUUAUCAUAUGAGAACGCACACUGGCGAAAAUCCUUAUCCAUGUACGACAUGUGGCAAAACGUUUCGGGGAGCAGUUACCUUAAAGUACCAUGAAAGAACACAUACUGGACAAAAGCCUCACACUUGCAUUUUCUGUACGAAGUCGUUUACUCAGUUGGGACCACUGAGGGCGCAUUGUAGAAAAGAACAUCAGUCAGACAGGAUUUAUGAAUGUGAUGUUUGCAAGGAAAAAUUCGAGAAAUUUCUGGAAUUAUCCUCACACAAGAAAACACAUUUGGAAACUUGUACUGACUCUCAAUGUGGAGAUGUUGGUAUAUCUAAUACUGAGUGUGUGAACGCUUCGAUUCAUGUAACAAACGUUUCUUGCCAAAAUUUAGAUAAAUUGAAGAAAAUAGACCAAGAUUCCGAUCCAGAUGCAGUCAAAACUCCCACAAGCAGUAAAAGAGAUGCACCCGAACCUAGUAGCGAAAUUAACAGCAAAAAAAGGAAAAGAAAGGUUCAGGCCAAGUCUUCUCCUCGUCGCAAGAUUCGUUUAAAUAAAUCAGUUGGAGAGGCCGUAAUCCGAAGCUAUACAGAAGGAGAAAACAGUUGUGUCCUGGUUAAAGAGAAACUAUCGACAAUGGUUUCCGAAAAAUUAAAAACGAUUAAUUACAGAGAUUUGUCUUUUCCCAAUAGUCACACGCCAGCGAUACAUCAGAAUGAAAAAAACAGUUUGAAUGAGCAGACUCAUAAAUGUGAUGUCUGCGGCGAAGAGUUUCCCGAAGCAAACGUGCUGCAGAAUCAUGCCAUAACUCAUACUGAAAAGAAUCCUCUUAAUUGUACGGACUGCAACAAGUCGUUUCGAACACCAGGCUCAUUGACUGUUCACCAAAGGACUCACAACGGGAAAAGGCCUUACAAAUGUAUUUUCUGCCCACAGGACUUUACGCAAAGGGGUGCUCUGCUACAGCACUGUAGACGGAUACACAAUACAGACCAAAUUUACGAGUGUGACGUUUGCAAUGAGAAAUUUGAGAAACAUCGGGACUUGUUAUCCCACAAUCAUACCCUGUCCGAUGCUCCCUGCACAAUGGCAAAACGGACGUACAUGUAUGAAAACACUGAUUUUGAUGUAACAUUUGAAGACGAUGAAGAAAAAACGGGAGAUGAUGCAGUUUGUUCUCCGUUAUCUUCGUCCAAUAAAAAUGGCGAUUCAAUUCCAGAAAAUAAUCAUCAAGUGUCAGCGAAAGCUCUUGUAUUGUUACCAAUGAUGAUAACAAAAAGAAUUGUGCAAAAUCACCUAACUUUAUCUACCAAGAAGACGAAUUUUCUCGGCAAGAUGAUUACGAAAAUCGGUUUACAAGUCCUUCUAAUUCUGUUUGUAUAGAAGUAGAAAAUAUAGAUAUUCCCGUCUCGAAGGAAGAUUAUGAUAGUUAUGACAGCGGAAUUUCCCCAGACACCUCACCGUUCGAUGUCAAUGUCAAAUGUGAUGAACCCCCCAAACAGUUGAUGUACGAAGUAUCCAUGCAACCGAUUAAGCCUUGCUAUAAGGAAAACAAUUAUCACAAAAUUAUUGGAAUGGGGCCUUCUAAAACCAUCAGCAGUAGGACGAUUCCUUCUCAACAGAGUCAAAACUUAGCAGACGGGAUCGUGAAAGAUUGUUUGAAAACAGUUAAUAAUGAGGACGAAUCUGAUGAUCAUAUUUCUUCAAAUUGCUCCAGAGUGACAACGUCUGACAAUGUUUCCUUAUUUCAAGAAAGCCCUGGCAGUAAUCAGCAAAACUUUUGCUUGUUUGAUGAAACGUCAGAUAUGUCUUUGCAAUUCCACAAUGAAAGGAAUAUGUUUACAGCCCAACCUCUAAACCUUAGAAAACGAAGUUUGAUGGAGGGUAACAUCAGAAAUUUUUGGCAAAGGAAUGAUUGCAUAUCUGGUAUUGGGUGUGAUAGAGGUCGAAAUUUGCAGAACAACUCAACUCAAAUUGGAUCAACAUCGGAGCUACCAGGCUGUUCGAACAUAAGUUCCAACGAGUCUUUGUGGUGACAGCAUAAUAUUAUGUAAAAAGUAUUAGGAUCCUCUAAGUUGCUUCGUGUAAGAAUUUUCAAUGAGAGCAUCAAAUCAUUCAAAUGAUAACUGCCAUAAGCAUUUUAAUUUUUCUUUGCCCAAAUUCCAUCUCCCGUUCACCAACUGUCCUGUUUCAAAAUCCUCAAUAAUCUGCUUGACUGAUCACAAAUAUAUUCUACAAACUUCCUUCUUUAGUUAUUCUGCCUUUUUUCUUUCGAUAGUAAGGUUUUUAUACUUUUUCUCCAUAUGAUAGAGGUGUUCUUAUCUUACAUUUUAAUCGUAUCGCCUCAAGGUUGGGGACAAAUUAUCGCAAAAUGUCAAAGAUCAUUACGAACUUUUUUAGAACCGAUUCGAAAUCACCCGAUUAAGCUAAACCAAGCGUUUUCAUAGCCAAUUUAGUUUGUUUCAUCGUUUGUAAAAUUUAGUGCCCGAUCCGGCGCGAAGCGUCGAGUGUACUGACUCCGCUGGGUGAUUCAUUACACCCUGCUAUUUAAACAGAACAUGGCCGAGUCCAAAGUCGUCCAAAUUCUAUGUAAUGGACGGUCGACGUUGGACAGGUUUGUUAGUUUUGCGCAUGCGCGAAAUUUAAACGAGUGAAGACUGAAGCAACGUCCUAAUUCGCUAAGGAGAAAAGUUUGUAUUUCUGAAAGAUUUUUUUUAAAAGAUUAAAUAGUUAAUCACAUCGUAAAUUACUAUAUAUUUAAUGGUCAAAGAGUGCCUAAACUAUAUUACUUCACUGAUUAUGUUGAAUUCUCGAACAGUGCAAAGCAUGCUAAAUGUUGUAACCUAAGAAAUUGC